AUGGUCAUAAUUUAUUUAGGAUUUAAACAAACAUUUUGAUACAAACAACUAAUUUACAAUGUGUUAACCAAAUACUAAGUUUGGCCCCCUGUUCCUGCAAUUGGAUCUACAGUAUGUGGGUGGACCCUAACUUCAGAGGUUUACCUGCAUGGAUUUGAUUGCAGGGCCAGAACCUUAGAUAUCAGAAAAAGACAUCAGCAUUGGGAUCAUGAAUGAAAGAGUAUACAAUAAACUGAUAAUACAAAACUGGAGGUAGGAACAGUCAAUAUAAAGGAAGGAUUAAAUUACUUGAGUAAACUAGCAACAUAUGCAGAAUUCAAUAUCAACAAAUACAGUAAGUACACCUCUACCUCGAUAUAACGCUGUCCUCGGGAGCCAAAAAAUCUUACCGCGUUAUAGGUGAAACCGUGUUAUGUCGAACUUGCUUUGAUCCACCGGAGUGCGCAGCCCCGCCCCCCCGGAGUACUGCUUUACCACGUUAUAUCCGAAUUCGUGUUAUAUUGGGUCGCGUUAUAUCGUGGUAGAGGUGUGUAAGCUAAGGACAGGUAAAACAAAACAAGAAUAUUCUAAACAGCAGAAAUUAUUCAAGUACUAUGUAACAAGUCAUAACUGGAUUAUGUAAAUUAGAGGUGAUCUGUAAAGGGAGAAAAGUUGGACUUGUUCUCUUUUUUUGCUGCCUUUGAUAUAUAGCAGUGGUUCUCAACCUUUCCAGACUACUGUACCCCUUUCAGGAGUCUGAUUUGUCUUGCAUACGCCUAAGUUUCAUCUCACUUAAAAACUACUUGCUUACAAAAUCAGACAUAAAAAUACAAAAGUGUCACAGCACACUAUUUUUGAAAAAUUGUUUACUUUUUUACCACAUAAUUAUAAAUCAUUUGGAAUUUAAAUAUUGUACUUACAUUUCAGUGUAUAGCAUAUAGAGCAGUAAAAAAGAGUCACUGUAUGAAAUUUUAAUUUGUUCUGACUUGGCUAAUGCUUUUUACAUAGCCUGUUAUAAAACUAGGCAAAUAUCUAGAUGAGUUGAUGUACCGCCUGGAAGACCUCUGAGUACCCCCAGGGGUACGUGUACCUCUGGUUGAGAACCACUGAUAUAUAGAAUACCUAAAUAGGUAUGGCACUUUUCCUCCCUUGGCUUCUGUCUUAAAUUAGAAAUUCAGGUCCUGUUCUAGGCUAGAAGAGUGUACACUGUCUACACUACAAAAAAUAUUUAUAGUUUGACAGAGGAUGUGAGCAACAAGUGCUGACAAACUGUAUCUGAACACUGUCUGUAAGUAUAGACAUGCAAACUGCUCAACUCCAAGUCUCAUAUGUCAGCAUUAGUGUGAAUUUUCCUCCCAAUUUCAACUCUCAUUUCCAAGAAUGUUGUGUUCAUAAGCUAUAAAAAUUAUAUACUCCAAAUCAUAUUAACCAGCUAACUAUAUAUUGGAUAUAUUGUUUAGUUUCCCGGCAACAGAUUCAAGGAUGAAAUCCCAACAGAAAAAGCAAAACGAAAAUAGAAAUUCCAAAAUGGAAAAAAAAAAUUCUGCACUUAAGAAAAAUGAAUUGUGAAAAAUGGCUUUGGGAGUUUAACCGCUUAUUGGUAAAACACUUAGGAUAAAACUACAGAAGGAAUUUUCAGCACGAUAACUAAGUGAGGACAGUUAAGACUGGACAUAUUUCUGGAAAUGUACAUUGACAGGGAAGGUGGAGAUGGGGAAAAAUCAGAGAAAAUAUCCUGAUCUCAGUUUCUCUCAAUAAGUUUCCUGUGUUCGGAGUAGAAACUACUGUAGAGGCUAAGCCACCCAAUAGGAAAGAUGGCUAAGAUCUGCAAGAAAAUGAUGUUGGGCCCAUUUAAAAAAAAAAAGACAUAGGAUAUGUCUACACUGCUGGAGCCCAAACAACUACACUGCAAUUUUCUAGCCCUGCAGCCCGAGCCAGUUGACACUGGCCAGCCAUGGGUGUUUUACUGCAGCGUAAAUAUACUCCAUGUCUCAAGAUUCUGACCAGGUUUCUGGACUUGCUAUUAGCCUCCUUUUUUCAGGAAUUCUCUCUGUAUGACCCAGGACCUUUAGAAACUAAAUGCACAGAUUCUAGGUCACUACAGUGUAUCUUCAGGGUAAUUCUCUGUGGUUUACAUUAUGUCAAAGCCUAGAACCAGAGAACAGUUUUGGGCCUCCUGGUGUAUACCACUGUUUUGUCAGCCUUCUAGUCUGGUGAGUUCCCUCUAGGAUGAAUUUAGGUGUGGUAGGGAGAUGAUGCAUUGAGGUGUCCACCUUCCAUAUCAAAUACCUAUUAUUCCUGACAUGUAAUCAAGAGCUAAGCAUUAUUAAUAAUACAUAUGCCAGCAUAUCCUUAUAUAGUGCUUUACAGAGUAAAACCCAUUCCUUGAGUUUAUAAUCUAUGGUUUCUUUAAAAAAACAACAACAAAAAAAACCUGUUAUGUUGCAUUGCAGUUGACAUAUCAGGAAUGAUACAUAAACAGUCUCAGGAGUUCCUCUUAGGUAAGCACUGUUGACAAAGGAUUCAGGCUUGAAAAAGCAGAACAUAACCCAGGGCUUCUAUAUGCACUUGCUUAAUUUAGUGGCUUCAAAGAGAACAUUAAACAUUUUAUCAUGUGUAACAUAACUUUCCACACAGAUAUUAAAUCUUAUUCAGAAGACAUUGUUUUUAAUGAGUUGUAUUUAACAGAAGCAACAGCUCAGCAAGCCUCAAGUAUCGCAGAUGGACCUUUUUGGACUUAGAUCUGACGUGUCAACCAGAGGUGGAUUUGUCAGAAGAGUCACAAUUUGCAGUAGCAAACUACGGAUUUAAGGUAUGCCUAGUGUGACUAACUUUGCUGUGAAAUCUAUCUUGGCUUUGAGUUAAAACAUGAAAUUCAGUUGCUUUAUAGAAUCAGUAAUCAUUUGGGAGCAUAUCUUUACGUUUUUAAGGGAAGCAUGAGCAAGUGAAGCAUUUAUAACACACGUGAGUUUCCCACCAUCAUGGAGUUUGAAUGCUACAAAGAGGAACUGUACACACAGGGCUUGUCUGCUUGGGCCCAGCCAUUUUAAAGCGUGUGCUACUGCUACGUUAGGAAUCUGUACCUUACUACUAAAUGAAUCCGCUCCCGUGGUAACAAAGCCCCUGCUGCAUUUCAACUGCACUAACUACUGUGUGGGUUUUUUUUUUUGUAAGGCGCUGCCUGCCGCCGCCUCAUGGGAGCGGCUGUCACAAGCUGUGAGUGACAACGCGAACGAGGGAGAUUUCAAACCCUGCUGCGGGAGCGGAAACAUCUCCCCUGAAACACUCACGCCCCAGGCCCGCAGGGAAGGCAGCCGGUUGUAACCAGUGCCCCGCACCGAGCGCGCAGCCUUAGUGCAGGCAGCAGCAGCUGGAGCUGCCUGCCCGGAGCGCGGGCUCCCGGGGUGUGAGGCCGCCAGAAGCCCCCGCCCCGAGGGAGCACGGGGCAGGCUUGGGGAUCGCUGCCCGCAGGCUAUCCCAGAAAAAUUCCCCUGAGCGGCCUUGGGCGCCGAGCGCUCCCGGGGGCCCGAGCAGGCUGAGGGCCCAGCCGCCGAGAGCUCGCCGAGGAGCCCGCUCAUUGUUUCUCACACAAACCCAGGCAAACAGGAAGCCACCUCGGCAUGCCCCCCUCCCUUAGCAGAAGAGCGACAGGCGGGGCGGCCAGUGAGAGUGGCGGUGCUGGCGCAGCGCAGCCAAUGGGAGCCUGCGAGAGCGGGUAGGCGGGAGUUCCGGACUGGCAGGCGGGCGGGCGGUGGUGGUGUCGGCCGGGCCCCCUCUCCCGCUGCAAGCCCCACCUUUCGGCUUUCCCGCACCGUCAAUCAAAAUAGGAAAAAAAACCCGGAGUGGGCUCGGGCCGCCGCCGCCGCCGCUUCAGCCCGUGAGCACAAUAAGCAUGUCCCCGGCGGCAGCCGCCUAGCCCCAGCCGGCGGGGCCUGUGUGCGAGCCAGCCAGCCUGCCUCCCGCCCAGCCAGCCGCUCGCACUCACACCAUGACCGCUCCCGAGAAGCCCGUGAAACAAGAGGAAAUGGCUGCCUUAGACGUGGACAGCAGCAGCCACAGCGACUAUCUCCAACACGGCAACGGCGCUGCCUCGGCCUCCGCCGGGGCGGCCGCCCCCCAGGACACUCAGCCGUCACCGCUCGCUCUGUUGGCGGCCACCUGCAGCAAGAUCGGCCCGCCGUCGCCGGAGGAGGAUGAGGCCGCCGCCGCCGCUCACUCUGCCGGAGCGACAGGGGAUUUGUCUUCUGUACAAUUAGCAGGAACUCCAAAUAGAUGGGAGGUUUUGUCUGCAGCUCCUACCACUAUAAAGGAUGAAGCUGGUAAUAUAGUACAGAUUCCAGGUGCUGCCACAGUAACUUCAAGUGGACAGUAUGUCCUUCCCAUUCAGAGUUUGCAAAAUCAACAAAUAUUUUCUGUAGCACCAGGAUCAGAUUCAUCAAAUGGUACAGUGUCUAACGUACAAUAUCAAGUAAUACCCCAGAUCCAGACGGCCGAUGGUCAGCAGGUUCAGCUUGGCUUUGCAACCUCUUCUGAUAAUGGUGGUAUAAAUCAAGAAACUGGUCAAAUUCAGAUCAUUCCUGGCUCUAAUCAAACCAUAAUUGCCUCUGGAACACCUUCAGCAAAUAUUCAGAAUCUCUUAUCACAGACUGGUCAAGUUCAGGUUCAGGGAGUUGCAAUUGGUGGUUCUUCCUUUCCUGGCCAAGCACAAGUAGUUGCUAAUGUCCCUCUUGGACUACCAGGAAAUAUUACUUUUGUACCCAUCAAUAGUGUUGAUCUAGAUUCUCUGGGACUCAACAGUGGUUCUCAAACCAUGACUGCAGGCAUUAAUGCAGAUGGACAUUUGAUAAAUACUGGACAGGCCAUGGAUAGUUCAGACACUUCUGAAAGGACUGGUGAACAAGUUUCUCCUGAAAUUACAGAAACUACCACUGAUAAUGACUUAUUUGUGCCAACAUCAUCUUCAUCACAACUGCCUGUUACCAUAGACAGUACAAGUAUAUUGGAACAAAAUGCAAACAGCUUGACCACAAAUAGUGGGCAAGUACAUAGUUCUGACCUUCAGGGAAAUUACAUCCAGACAUCAGUCUCUGAUGACACACAGGCUCAGAAUAUUCAGGUCUCCACAGCACAGCCUAUUGUACAACACAUACAACUUCAGGAGUCUCAGCAACCAACCAGUCAAGCCCAAAUUGUACAAGGUAUUGCGCAACAGACAAUCCAUGGUGUGCAAGCAAGUCAAGGUAUAUCGCAACAGGCUCUACAAAAUCUUCAGCUGCAGCUCAAUCCUGGAACUUUUUUAAUUCAGGCACAAACAGUGACCCCUUCUGGGCAGAUCACUUGGCAGACAUUUCAGGUGCAAGGUGUCCAAAACUUGCAAAACUUGCAGAUUCAGAAUGCACCUGGUCAACAAAUAACUCUAACACCUGUGCAGACUCUUACUCUUGGUCAAGUUGCAGCAGGUGGGGCCUUGACUUCAACUCCAGUUAGUCUGAGUACUGCUCAAUUGCCAAAUCUGCAGACAGUUACAGUAAACUCUAUAGAUUCUGCUGGUAUUCAGCUGCACCCAGGAGAAAAUGCUGACAGUCCUGCAGAUAUUAGGAUUAAAGAAGAGGAGCCUGAUCCAGAAGAGUGGCAGCUCAGUGGCGAUUCUACACUAAAUACCAAUGAUCUAUCACAUUUGAGAGUACAGGUGGUAGAUGAGGAAGGGGACCAAGCACAUCAAGAAGGAAAAAGAUUGCGACGAGUUGCUUGCACCUGUCCCAACUGUAAAGAAGGUGGUGGGAGAGGCUCUAAUUUGGGAAAAAAGAAACAACACAUCUGUCACAUCCCAGGGUGUGGGAAAGUUUAUGGGAAGACUUCACAUUUGAGAGCUCAUCUCCGCUGGCAUUCUGGAGAGCGCCCAUUUGUUUGUACUUGGAUGUUCUGUGGUAAAAGGUUCACUCGCAGUGAUGAGUUACAGCGACACAGAAGAACACAUACAGGAGAGAAGAAGUUUGUCUGUCCGGAAUGUUCAAAACGCUUUAUGAGGAGUGACCACCUUGCCAAACACAUUAAAACACAUCAGAAUAAAAAAGGUAUUCACUCUAGCAGUACAGUGUUGGCAUCAGUAGAAGCAACACCUGAUGAUACUUUGAUUACUGCAGGAGGAACAACACUUAUCCUUGCAAAUAUUCAACAAGGUUCUGUUUCGGGAAUAGGGACUGUUAAUACAUCUGGCACCAGCAAUCAAGAUAUUCUUACCAACACUGAAAUACCUUUACAGCUUGUCACAGUUUCUGGAAAUGAGACAAUGGAAUAAAUAUUACACAAGAUACCUAUUAAUUGUGGUUAUUUUUAUACAGUAGUGAGAAAAAUAUUGUUCCUAAGUUCUUAGAUAUCUUUUUAUUGAUGUGCAAAAAUUUUUGGAUUGACAGUAACUUGGUUAUACAUGACACUGAAAUGCCUUACUUUGUAUGAUAUUCCAUAGUAUAUUAAAAUGGUAAAAUUGCAUGGGUUUUGUAGGUACUUUUGGAAUCUAGAAGAGAUGAAAUUUUACCAAGUUAUAUUAAAAAAUGAAUUUAAUGAUGGGAAUGGUAGUCUAACCAAAUGCAUCAAUCCUGUGUGGUUUAGUGUAAAAAUGAGAACAUGUUGGUAUUUAUCUAUUGUAAGAUAAAAAGAAGUUGAUGGGUGAAAAGAAAUCAUGUUAUGAUAAAAGAAAUUUUGUAAUUUUCUUGAUGACUGGAAUUUUUAUUAUGCAUAACUGACAAAUCAAGUUUCCAAGCAAAUGUUACAUAGUGUAGGCUUUACUUAGCUCAUCAGCUUGUCAUUUUGAAGCUAAUUAUUUUAAUUAGGUUAACUAUGUACAAUAUUUUAAGCAUUACUCUUGUAAGAUUUUGAAAACUACAUUUUAACAUGGAACUCUAGGGAUAGUCACCUUUUAAAUCCUGUUGAAAAGCCAUGUUUAAGAUUUAAUUUGCCAAAAUGAUGUCUUGUUAAUAUUCUUUCAAUAACCAAGUUGGGCAAUAUAACCAAUGUUAAAAAAAAAAGUUUAAAAUGUUUAAAAAACUGUAUAGGUUGAGGCAUUUGGGUGGUAAGGCAAAUGUUAUAGUGAAAUAUAUCCCUUUCCUUGAACACUGGAGGACCAAAAAUUAGGUGUAUUGCGUCUCAGCAGUGAUUUUUAUCAAAUCUUGUUUCCAAAAACAUCUGUCUGCCAGGGCCUUAAAAGCCAUCAUGUAAUUUACCAGUAAAAAUAUAACAUAUGCAAAUAUAACAGAAAAUCACUUCCAUAGUGACAAUACUCCCAACCAUAUGGAUAUUAGUCAUAGUGAACUAGGGGUUUUACAAGGUUUUUUUUAAUUUGUUGUUUAGCUUUUGGUUAGUCAAUCUGCAUUUAAAUAUCAACCAUCUUUCCUUUUUCGCUUCUUCCCUUAAAUUGUAUGUAUCCAGUACAUUUAACUGAUAAACAUAUAUGUUUUUUAUUAUGCUGAAUUUUCUUUUUAUUUUUAAUUACUGUUUAUAUUUUCAAUUAUAGAAAAUGUACAAAAUAAAGUUACUUAGCCAGUCUGUAAGUUCUAUACCAUUUUCCAGAAAUGUACAACAAUAAUUACAGCAGUUCACCUAUUUACAAACAUUUGGAAAUCUGUUCGUUAUCCUUAAAACCACCUCAAAUUUAAAGGCUACCUUAUUGUACGUUUAAAGUGUAUUAUAACAGUGUGGUAGUUAAUAAAACACUAUUUUUUUUCUUUUGA